AUGAUUGAUGUGAGAAAUCAUCAAUUGAUGGGGGUUGCUGAGAUUGUGGAACAAGAGCCAUCUUUUGAUGAUUUAUGUUGGUAUGGCUAUGACCCUUCAGCACCUCGUCCUAUGGAUGAUGGAUUGUCCACGGUUAAAGUUUGGGAUGUAGAAAUUGAAAUUCCAGGAAAUGUUAUACACGAUCUAAGAGCAACUAUCAAUCCAAUUCAGCUGCCAAACAGCUAUGGGAUAGAUCUCUUCACUGACUGUCUUAACUUUUUCCAAUCAUAUUAAAUCGUUAAUUACAAGUAGAACUAACUAGAGCCUUAGUGGUCGUAGAGCAUGUACUGCAAAUUGAUUUCCCAUGAUAAAACUGUAAUUGCAGAGCUAACAGUUAAGGAUUAUCAUGCAGUCCAUAACCAUGGAGUUUAAUCUUCGGCAGUAUUGUAGGCAAGUCAACUGAAACUUGCAUGUUAGUUUUCCAUAGUGCAUGGCCAUGUAGUCAAGACAAACUUGCUGAAGACUUUACAGGAAUUAUUCAGCCACCAAGACAAUCAGCUGAAGGUUGCUGCUCUUAGUGGUUCAGGGGGGGGCUUCAUUUAAAAAAACGUAUAUAUCUGUAAAUAUAUCCUGCAAACAGACUUGAACCUAAACAGUUCAAGCAUACUAAUAAAUUCAAAAACUAGGAAAAAAACGUAGAUCGCAGCAGUAAGAUCAGAAAAACACAACAGUUAAAAAGAAUUUACCCCCCUACUGUUAAGUUAUUAUCUUUAUUAAAUAACAAACCCAACAGUUACAAAGUGUUUUGAACCUAAAAGUGUCAGCAACAUCAACGAUAAAAAUAAGUAGUUCUAAUGAACAUACUGUUGUGUCUCUUUCCUGUAAAUUCAUACAAUAAUAUUUAAAUUUCAAUAAACACAACAUUUGAAUCUGACAAAAAGAUUUAUAAGAGUCUUAAGUGACAUCAUUUCUUCUCACUGUGAUUUAAACUUGAUUAACCAUGCUUCCCUUUAAAGAAUAUUGCUUUAAGUUUUCAACUUGCCACCAAAAUAUGUAUGUUGGUAUUAAAUUAGUUAUCAAUGUCAACUUUUUAAAGACAAAUGAACAUGCAAACAAAACAAUAAUUCAUCAGAACAGCUGAGAGUAACAGGUCCUGGAUUGCCGCUAAACUUUUUCAACCCCAUUGAAAAAACUGCAACGAUGCAUCAUUUGUCACAAAGGCAAGUUUCCUUACAAGUCAAAGAUUAAGCUCCACAUUAAGGACAAGCAUGUCCUAUUUUUACAUAAGAAACAUUCAUGUGACCUGUAGUUGAAAACACGUCACUACAUUUUGAGAACUGAAAGUGCAGCUGUACUUUUUACUCAUUCCUCUGUGGUCUACCAAUGAGUUUUUCUGUCUUUCUUAGCUCCUUUAGGUAGUGUUAUUUUAUCGAUCAAGAAUUAAGCUGUUGUGAAUGAGGAACCCUCAAUAACUGUUCUAAUAGCUAAAUCAAAGGCAGUAUAA